AUGGACGAGAAUCUUCGUUCGGCUAUCAUAAAGGUGCCAAAUGGGCUGAGAUGCUUGCUUGAGUGGAUCAGUUCCGCAAUACUCAUGUCUUACCAACAGCGUCUUCAACCACGCCGUCGCUCAUGGGAUUCAGAGACAUCGUCCUCCCCAAAUGAACUCGUCAGUACCUCAGGAUCGACUCAUGGAAGCUCGUCGCGUCACACUGUCAGUGACUUAGGGUCUGUCAGUGACGAAUCUUUGGAUCACUGCCUGAAUACCAUGGGUGAUCUUGAAGAUGAGCCAGACAAGAUCGAGAUGCCGUCCCCACCGCCAUCGCAAUUCAUCUCUCAUCUUUUGGAAAAUUCAUCCAUGAGCACGCAAGAACUGAUGAAGCCAUAUCUGUCAUACGAGAGGUUCUUACGAAAGGAAUUUGCCAAAGUCAGACGCCUCGAUAGUCCUAUUCCCAUCGAUCAUCUGGACAAUCUUGUCCCAGUAUUUGCUGAUCCCCGGAUUCAUACCUCGAGGAUUGAUCGAGAUAAUAAGAAACGGAGACGAAAGUACAUGAUGAAGCUUCCUUCGAAGAUUGUUGGAGAUCACGGUUCGUUAGCUAUCACCCCCACUCUAGAAGAGUAUCGCGAGCGAUUUGAUGCUUUCACAUUUGGAACAUUGGCAGGAUUAGCCGAUAUUCCCAACAUCGUGGUUGGGGGCUCUGCUGCACUAUUGCCAUUAUUACCACGUAGAAAUGAUGUUAGGGGGGUACCAGAGCCCUCAACGGUAGCAAGACCAUGGGAGACAUACUAUCAGCAUGUUGCGAAAUCGAGUGACGUUGACAUUUUUAUGUAUGGCAUCGACAAAGAAAAAGCGAUCGACCUCAUAUAUAGAAUAGAGCGUGAAAUCCGGAAUAUACAGGGACUGAAGCCUGGAACAGGGCUCUCACUGCGUUCUGAACAUGCCAUCACAUUCAUAGCCCCAAAAUGGCCAUUCCGACACAUCCAAAUUAUACUUAGACUAUAUAAGAGUCUAAGCGAGAUACUUACGGGGUUCGAUGUCGACUGCUCUUGUGUCGCUUUUGAUGGCAAACAAGUUUAUUCCACGCCAAGAGGAGUUGCCGCCAUUGCUACUCGUACUAACAUCAUUGACCUAACCCGUCGAAGCCCUUCAUACGAGAACCGCUUGUGGAAGUAUCGACAACAUAACUUUGACGUCUAUUGGGAACAUCUCCGUCGCGAUCUAAUCGACGUAGAAGUGACGGGGGAUGAUCGAAACGUGAAAGGGUUUAAAGGACUGGCCAGGUUACUAUUCUCAGAAGAGACGCUGCGCCUGGGCCUAGGAACUUCAUAUCUCGGGACUUACUGGUUUACAAGGGCUUUGAUGAGAAUCGGCGACAGUAACGACGCAAGCCCGUCGGCUCCGAGUGGGUAUGCUACUUUUGAUGUUCCAUAUGGUCAGCAUUUUGAUGCGGAGUGGAUUCGUGAAUACGUGCGUUCUCGAACUGACGAAGCCUUCUUCGGGACCAUUGAAGAAGUGAUCAAUGGCUUGAAUGCGGUAGAAGAAGGCAAAGAGUUUAUGGCGAGGAAAUUGAGCUUUAUUGAGGAUGAUCCAGGCCGCCAGAUGAUUGGAUCUACUCAUCCUCUAGACGCAGAUGACUGGACAACCCAGGCUUACAAAUCACCGUCAAAUGAAGAAUAG